AUGCCUCUUGACACGUCCACAACCUACCGUCUCACACGAUUGCGACUAGACGGACGACGAUGGAAUGAACUACGACUUCUUCAGGCCCAAAUAUCUACCAACCCAGCAAGCUCUGGCUCAUCGUACCUAUCAAUGGGCAAUACUGCGGUUCUUUGCACCGUACAUGGGCCCGCGGAGGGUAAACGCUCAGAAACAGCUGGCGCAGCUGGCGCAGUAAUAAAUGUCGUUGUCAAUUUAGCUGGAUUUGCGAAUGUGGACAGGAAAAAGAAGAGUGCUACUGGCAGUGGCGGAGGUGACAGGCAAGCCACAACGGAGCUAGCUAACUCGCUCCGGGAUGCCUUUCAACCACAUAUACACGCCCAUCUCUACCCACGCAGUACAAUUACGGUUCAUGUAUCGGUCCUUUCCUCGGACGGUUCCUUGCUCGCUGCGUGUCUGAAUGCAUGUACUCUCGCCUUGGUUGACGCCGGUAUCCCUAUGCCCGGCCUACUAUGUGCCUGCACAGUAGGAAUGAGCGGCCGUGCAUCUACCCCAGCAGUAACGGCUGAAUCCGCACAAAUAGGAGGAAUAAAAGAGAGCCUCGAUCCUCUGCUUGACAUCUCUGCUCCUGAAGAAGUCGAGUUGCCGUAUAUGACUGUCGCCAAUACAAAUCCUAUGCCAGACAUAACUGUUCCAAAGGAUGAGGAAGAUGAGGAAGAUGAUGAAUAUGAUGCCGAAAACGAGAACCAGAUGCUAUCAAUUGUGCAUAUGGAUUCGGGAGUGCAUGUGUCGUAUCUCGAGACCAUGUUUGCAGUUGGGAUCGACGGGUGCAAGCAAACAAGGGAAAUAUUAAACGGGGUACUGAAGGCAGCGGGGAAAAGAGUUUUGAUGGGAGAAGCUGCAUCCGGCCCAGAUUAUGACGAUGAGUGA